UGAGGUAAAUCUUUUUAACUCGAUGCUCGAUGCUUCGCAGGACCUCCGAGGAAAAGGACAAACCCCGGAGAGUGAACCGGGGCGGUGGUAGUGUCUCUCCGGUCCGUUUUCAGGCACUUUUUUUGGGGUGUUUUUUUUUGACAGUUGUUUCAUUGGCGGCUCAUCCGGUCGCUUCGUCUCCGCCGAGUGAACUUCGCUCCCACGGACAACAACCAUGGAGAUAGAGAAGGAAGUAAAGAAGAUGACCCUGGGUCACGAGUUCGGUGCCGGGGCGGCCUGCUUGAAGUGCAAGGACAAGUGCGAAGGCUUCGAGCUUCACUUCUGGAGAAAAAUCUGCCGUAACUGUAAAUGCGGCCUCACGGAGCACAACGUGCAGAUGAACUCCGAGGAGAACAAGAAGGUGGGCAAGCUGUUCGAGGACACCAAGUACACCGGCCUCAUCGCCAAGCUGAAGACGGACGGCAUCCCCAGCUACAGCGGCAGCAUGGUGACCAUCACGCUGCCCAGCUCCGGCACCGCCUACGCGGUGGCUCCGCCUUCGGCCGGCGCUGGUGUUGCGCAGCCUGCCGGGGGCGCUGCAGGGCCGGCACCCAGCGGCCCUCGGGGUCAGGGUCAGGGUCAGGCUCAAGGUCAGGCUUGGGGUCAGGGCCAGCCUCAGGGUCAGGGUCAAGGUCAGGCGUGGGGUCAGGGCCAGCCUCAGGGUCAGGCUCAAGGUCAGGCGUGGGGUCAGGGCCAGCCUCAGGGUCAGGGUCAAGGUCAGGCGUGGGGCCAGGCUCAGGGUCAGGCUCAAGGUCAGGCUUGGGGUCAGCCUCAGGGUCAGGCUCAAGGUCAGGCGUGGGGUCAGCCUCAGGGUCAGGCUCAAGGUCAGGCUUGGGGUCAGGGCCAGCCUCAGGGUCAGACUCAAGGUCAGGCGUGGGGUCAGCCUCAGGGUCAGGCUCAAGGUCAGGCUUGGGGUCAGGCUCAGGUACCGGCCAGCCUCACACCCGUCGGGGUCAACAGAGUGCCGGUUGCCGUCGGCGCCACGUCGGCCAAUCUGGUGCCGGUCUCCAAAGAUGUGCCGAUGAAGUCCGUCACCUACGAGUGGGCGCCGCCGGUCGCCAAUAAGUAUCUGGCGGUGCGUUACAUCGAGCUGCUCCCGCCGGAGAAGCGCCCGGUGGCCGGCACCGAGGGCGCCGCCUACCGCCGGCAGCAGAUGGCCCGCCAGCUGCCCGAGCACGACCAGGACCCGUCCAGGUGCCACGAGCUGAGCCCCGCCGAGGUCAAGCUGAUGGAGCAGUUCGUCCGCAAGUACAAGGACGAGGCCCUCGGGGUCGGAGACGUCGUGCUGCCCGAAGAGAUGGCGCUGGCUCAGGCCGGAGGGGCCGGCGUCGGCGCACCCGGUGCCAGAGGGGCAGGGUUCGGACCGGGAACCGGGGCCGCUGCCGGUUCUGGCCCAGGAGCUGCAGGCGCCGCUGCGGGGCCCACGGCUGGGGCAGGAGGUGGCGCUGGCUCGGGACCCGGAGCGGCGGGUAGAGGGGUCGGAGCUGGUGGUGCUGGACCACUUUCGGGGCCCGGGACCGGACCACCUGCUGCCGGAGCCAUGGGGACCGCUGGCGCUGCCGGAGCCAUGGCCGUCCCCGGAGCUCAGCAAGCUGGACCCCCACAGCGGGCCUUUUCGUGCCACCACUGCCAGCGGCCGAUGCGCGUGGGCGAGCCGGCCGUCUACGCCGAGCGGGCCGGCUACGAUAAGAUGUGGCACCCGGCGUGCUUCGUGUGCUGCACCUGCGAAGAGCUGCUGGUGGACAUGAUCUACUUCUGGAAGAAGGGGAAGCUGUUCUGUGGGCGCCACUACGGAGACAGCGAGAAGCCGCGCUGCGGAGGCUGUGAUGAGCUGAUCUUCAGUAACGAGUACACCCAGGCCGAGGGCCAGAACUGGCAUCUGAAGCACUUCUGCUGCUUCGACUGCGACUGCGUCCUCGCCGGAGAGACGUACGUGAUGGAGAGCGACAAGCCGGUGUGCCAGCCGUGCUACAUGGAGAGCUACGCCGUGAAAUGCGCCGCCUGCCAGAAGCCGGUGGAGCCCGAGGCCCAGAGGGUUUCCUACGGCGAGCACCACUGGCACGCCGAGCCGCGGUGCUUCAAGUGCUCCGGCUGCUCCACGUGCCUGGUGGGCCAGCGCUUCAUGGCCCAGCAGGGCUCCCUGUUCUGCUCCGUGGAGUGCAAGAAGAAAACGGCGGCGUGAAGAACGACUCAUCCAGAGACCCCCCCAAAAAAAAGCCCAAAAACUUUAAAAUCAGUCCUCUUCUUUCACGUGUUGCCUUUCUUCUUACUGAUGAGAUUACCUUUGUUUGUUUGUUUUUAAAUAUUAAAUCUGUGUCUUUAAUGGCAUCGGUGCUGUUCUACUCCUCUGGAACCAACUGUUGAUUUAAUAUGCCACUUUUUUUUUUACUGCUUCAUCCAUGCAAAAACAAAAACAAACAUAAAACUACUGAGACUCUCCUCUUUAAGACAGGUUUGGGGUUGCUUUGCUUCCACUGUAUUCCAGACCAAACGGAAAUAAAAUCAUAUUCAUGAUCAUAGUGACAA